AUGUCCAACAGCAGCUCCAUCACCCAGUUCCUCCUCCUGGCAUUUGUAGACACACGGGAGCUGCAGCUCUUGACCUUCUGGCUCUUCCUGGCCAUCUACCUGGCUGCCCUCCUGGGAAAUGGCCUCAUCAUCACUGCCAUAGCCUGUGACCACCGCCUCCACACCCCCAUGUACUUCUUCAUCCUCAACCUCUCCAUCAUUGACCUGGGCGGCAUCUCCACCACUGUUCCCAAAGCCAUGGCCAAUUCCCUGUGGAACACCAGGACCAUUUCCUACUCAGGAUGUGCUACUCAGGCCUUUUUCUUUCUCUUCUUGAUCACAGCAGAGUAUUCCCUCCUCACAGUCAUGGCCUAUGACCGCUACGUGGCCAUCUGCAAACCCCUGCACUAUGGGACCCUCCUGGGCAGCAGAGCUUGUAUCCACAUGGCAGCAGCUGCCUGGGGCAGUGGGUUUAUCAAUGCUGUGCUGCACACAGCCAAUACAUUUUCACAACCACUGUGCCAAGGCAAUGUCCUGGACCAGUUCUUCUGUGAAAUCCCCCACAUCCUCAAGCUCUCCUGCUCAGACUCAGACUACCUCAGGGAAGUCUGGCUUAUUCUGGGUAGUGCAUGUUUAGUCUUUAUGUGUUUUGUUUUCAUUGUGUUGUCCUACGUGCAGAUCUUCAGGGCUGUGCUAAGGAUCCCCUCUGAGCAGGGACAACACAAAGUCUUUUCCACAUGCUUCCCUCACCUGGCUGUGGUCUCCCUGUUUGUCAGUACUGGCAUCUUUGCCAACAUGAAGCCCCUUUCCAUUUCCUUUUCAGUUCAAAACCUGGUGGUGUCAUUUCUAUACUCAGUGGUGCCUCCAGCAGUGAACCCCCUCAUCUACAGCAUGAGGAACAAGGAGAUCAAAGAUGCCAUGAAGAAACUUGUGAAUAGAUCUUUUCAAGCAGCAAUAAACUGCUUGUCUUCUGUAAAUCUCAUUGCACUCUUAGUGUAA